AUGCAGCAGCUCUUCAAUGUCUUAGCUUUGUCGGUGGCAAUCGUGUCUGGAACCCGAACACCGGAGGCUUUAGUUCUUACAUUCGGUGAUACCUACCUGCCGCACAAUUUCAAAGCUUCCGCCAUUUCAGAUAAUGUGGUGCAGCGAAUUAUAGAUCUUCGGAUGGGAUCGGAGGUAUCCCUAACCUUGGGAGGAGCGGAUCAAGAUACAAUCGAAAUGUUGAACGAUCUUGGGGGAACGCCGGCCCCUUUGUUCGGUCUUGAGUCCGAACUGGAUAAUCCAACUCGAGAUCUCUUUAUCCUUGAAGGGGUAGACUCCAAAUUUGCUUCAAUUAUUGAAAAUGAAUUUCAACAAAACUUACUCGCGAGAGUCUCCUCUGACGACCUGCUGUCCCAUUUAUCUGCAUCUACGUCGCCCGCAAAUGAACCGGGCAGCUUGUACACGACUCAAACGAGACACUGCGAGCUCCACAUUGGCAAUGGUGUUCCAUCGGAUUUACAAAAGGCCGGAAAGCUUUGCAUUCCCGAGGGCUCUGUAUUCGAGGAGUCACCUCAUAUCCUUGAAUCAGCGUUGCUUGGCCGAGCUAGUAUGAUGGAGUCAUGGAUUGAUGAGCGAACUUCGGCCACAACCCUCAAAAUCUCACUACAGGAACAUGACAGUUCAAACCCCACCAUCGAACUCCUACAAUCGGUCCUGCGUGCUUUGGACGCCUCUUGGGGAAAUAGGCUGAUUACAGCUGUGUUUCUGCCUCAGCGGAGCGCGCACAGGGAAGCGAGAGCCUUGGAACCCCGGGCAGCGGGGAAAAAGGGCACCCUGCCGAGAACAACUCUUUCAACAUCUGAUGCUAUACCUCAAUCUAACCUGCUACCCGUGGCACCAGCCAUGGCUAUUGCUAUAGAAAAUCCGGGUCAUCUGACCAAACCGCUGCCCGCGACUGCUAUGCCUGCAAAUGUCAAGAAACCGUACUUCGGAAAGACGAUGUUUUCUGCCAAGUUGUUCAACACCUUUUACACCUCAGUGAGACCAAUGAUUAUUGAGCGACAUCAGUCUAAGUUGCAAGUUAUUUUCCGACAGCAUAUUCAACCUUGGCACCCGUCGUCCACUCUCACGCAUGAAGCUGCUGCUGCUGUCUUGCGAAUCGCACCGGAUAAGUUUUGGGAUUUCAGUGCUGCUCUAUACCAACGCCAAGAGGAAUUCUUUGACGUUAGUGUCCUCAGGGAAACACGCAAUGUAACCUACAAAAAGUUGUCCACGAUUGCCGGUAGUGUUGGUGUGGACGAAAAUGAAGUACUUGGAUUAUUGACUAUUAGGGAAACGCCCGCGACUCAAGGGCAGUUGAAUGUCGGGAACGGCGUGACCAAUGAUAUCAAAUUGAUGAUAAAAUCAGAUCGGGUAGUAGGGGUCCAUGUUUCCCCAACCGUCUAUUUCAAUGGCAUUGAGGAGCCAGAGAUCAGCAGCAGUUUCACUACUGCCCAGUGGGAGCAGUGGCUGGCCAAAAACAUAAUCUGA